UCGCACCCUAAAAAUCCAAAAGGCCAAAACUCUUUCAAAAAAAGCAUCGGCCUUUAAAACUCUCCCUUUUUCCAAACCCGCCUGGCCUCGCCUGGGGUGGCGGCGCUCGUGCACUCUAUACGGCCGCCGCCUCUGCCGCCUAUGGACCGAACUCCCCUCUCCUCUGCCUCACGUAGCUCCUUCCACUCCUUAUCCGAGAUCCUCAAUAAGCUUCAGAGCGUUGGCUUCUGCUCCGACCUCGACUUCUCCAACUUGGAAUCCACCAGCGGUGACAAUCUAGGUUGCCUCUUCGAUAUGAUCCUUUUUUCCUUCUUCAAGAAAUCCUGCAAGAGAGGUGAGAUGCGGCUGCUUCCGGCCACGCUUGGCGACGGGAGCUCCAUCGAUUUAUUCAAGCUCUACUCCAUAGUGCAAAGGGAAGGUGGCUAUGAUGCGGCUACGAAAGAGCGGAAAUGGAAAUCAGUGGCAGAGGCGAUGGGAUUGGAUUCCUUUAUGGGGCCGUCAUUGAAGUUGGUGUUCCUUAAGUACCUGGACGUGCUGGAUCAGUGGCUUCAAUGGGUUGAGGGCAGAAAGGAAAUUCGUGAGCCAAAGAGACACAAGAAUGCGGGCACUCCUUUUGUCGGCUAUGGUUCUUGUGGAACUAUAAACCACAAUAAGGUUGGUGAGUUCACGCCGCCAUUAAAUAUGUAUAAAGAUCAAUCCUUGGAACUUGGUAACGCUCAAAGGAAUGGCAAGGAUGUUACAACCUUCGGAGGAUUCAUUGCUAAUGGAGGAAGCAACCAUAAGAUGACUAAGGAAUCGCCUCUGGCUAAAAUGCUUAAUUGGCUGAGAAUGUCGGCAAAGUGUCCUGGACAUCCUUCUUUGGCAAACACCUUGACAUCAAAUAAAAAUAAAAACAAUUCAUCUACAGUUGGGAAGUUCUAUGCUCAAGCACUUCUAGCUAGACAGGCAAGGUCUUUCAGAAGAAGUAGUCGAUCCAGUUCAAAUUUAUCGCUUCCGCAGAUUAAAGCAGCGAGAAGCGAAGAUAGCCUUGAAUCUGACAGGCGGGUUUCUUCAGAUCAGCAAAGAGCUAAGAUACCUAUUGGUGGAAAGUUUCAAGCAACGAUCCCAGAUUGGACAGGCAGACCUUUGAGAUUUUGUAAUGAUUUUGAUACAUCGAAAUGGUUAGGCACGCGGACUUGGCCUUCUGAAGAUCAACAAACUAAUGAAUUGCUAGAGUAUGCUUCUAUUGGAAGGGGGAGGCGAAACACCUGUCAUUGUGAACAGCCACAGUCUAUGGAAUGUAUUAGAUGUCACAUUGCAGAAAAAAGGCUGCAGUUAAAAUGUGAACUUGGAAGGGCUUUCCAUGAUUGGGAUUUCAAAAGUAUGGGUGAGGAAGUUGCAUUUUCAUGGACCAAGGAAGAAGAAAAAAAGUUUCGGGAUGCAGUUUUUCAGAGCCAACCAUCUCUAAAUGAGAAUUUCUGGGACAAGCUUUACAUCAAUUGUCCUUCUAAAACAAGGAGAAACUUAGUCAGCUACUAUUUCAAUGUGUUUCUCCUUGGACGGAGGAGGCACCAGAAUUUUGUUACUCCAAAAAAUAUUGACAGUGAUGAUGAAGUAACAGAGUUUGACUUCUCAAGUCAUUCUGUUCGUCAACUAACUGAAGUUCCUGAUCACAAAACCCUUGUUUGCGUUCAAAAUCAACAGUGUAUGGAUAUAGAUGAGGACGAUGAUUAACUGUCGCAUUAAAGUCGACUAAUGUGAGGACUUCUGGGUGAUCAUUGCUUUGAACUCUCGAGGUUAGCUGUGAUUCAAACCUUUCCAAAGGUGCUGGUCUGAUGAGAACCGAGGCAUAAUCUCUCAUGCUUUUGGAGAUAUGCUGCAGCCAGAUUCUUCUGCUAUCAAUAUAUUGUUUGACGUUCUCUCUUCGUAGCAAAAUACCAAAUCAAAAAAAUGAUGAAGUUCCCAGAAUGGAAAUUUUCCAAGUUAUCUGAUGAGGUAAUUGGUCUGGCUUUUCUAUUUAGGCUUGCACAGUGGCUUGCACAAUGCACAAGAAAACAAAGAAUUUGAUAUUCGUUUGAAGCGUCUUAAAAUUUAUAACUGACACUUAAAUUUAAGAUUCCAUUUUUUAAAUAUAUGGGACAAACUUCAAUUUAGCUGUGUUCAAUUUCAUCUUUCAUUGUAAAUUUCUUGACUUAGGAGAACUGUGUGAUUGAUGAUACUUUUGGUUCAGUUGAUUUAAUGGAAAUGGAUCAUA